UCUCAGGUGCGCUUCUGCUGGAAGAACUGGACGGGAACCAAGCAGGAGUGGAAAGACACCCUGGAUGCCUUCUCGGCCAUCUCCUCUGUGUGCUGAAGGGAAAAGAGCCGCCAUGCAGCCAGCUCAGGCGGGGGUGUCCUUCGAAGAGGUGGCCGUGAUUUUCACCCCGGGGGAGUGGAGGCUGCUGCGCCCAGCCCAGAGAGCUCUGUACAAGGAAGUUAUGCUGGAGAAUUUUGGGAACGUGGCCUCUCUGGGUCCUCUGAUCUGCAAGCCUGACCUCAUAUCCUGGCUGGAAGAAGACAAAGAACCAUUUCUCCUGGGCUGUGAUGGAUUGACAGGAGACGUGUGGCAGUCAGCGAAUGAAGCAGAAGAACACCCAUGGAUGGAAAAGGAGGAUACACCUUCAGACGUGAAAGAGAAGUUUGGAUAUUUGGAUGCACCAAGGAAGGAGAACAGGAACAGAUCCAGUCUUUUACAGGGAGAUGACUCUUUACAGCGAAAUAUAUGUCAAGGAGACAAUAGGAAUGAGUGCCGUGCAAGCAGGGAAAAUUCCACUGAAAUAUCAGUAAGUAGUUUUCAACAAAGGAUGUGGAACAGGAAGAAAAUACAUACAUGCUUGGAGUGUGGAAAGAGCUUUGGUAAGCAUUCCAGACUUACUUAUCAUCAAAGAAUUCACACAGAGAAACCAUAUAAGUGCCUGGAGUGUGGGAAAAACUUCACUGACAGUUCCAGUCUUGCUCGUCACCAAACAAUUCACACAGGGGAGAAACCCUAUAAAUGCCUGGAGUGUGGGAAAAGCUUCACUGUCAGUUCCAGUCUUACUUCCCAUAGAAGAAUUCAUAUAGGGGAGAAACCAUAUAAAUGCCCGGAGUGUGGGAAAAGUUUCAAUAAGCGUUCCAAGCUCACUGACCAUCAACGAAUUCACACAGGAGAGAAACCAUAUAAUUGCCUAGAGUGUGGGAAAAGUUUCAGUUGGAGAGAAAGUCUUACUUACCAUCAAAGAAUUCACACAGGGGAGAAACCACAUAAGUGCCUGGAGUGUGGGAAAAGGUUCACUUGCAGUUCCAGUCUUGCUCGCCACCAAACAAUUCACACAGGGGAGAAACCCUAUAAAUGCCUGGAGUGUGGGAAAAGCUUCAGUCAGAGUGGCCAUCUUAGUUCCCAUGAAAGAAUUCACACAGGAGAGAAACCAUAUAAAUGCCUGGAGUGUGGGAAGAGCUUUGGUCGAGCUUCCCUUCUUACUUUCCAUCAAAGAAUUCACACAAGGGAAAAACCAUAUAAGUGCCUAGAAUGUGAGAAAAGCUUCACUAACAGUUCCGGUCUUACUUACCAUCGAAGAAUUCACACAGGGGAGAAACCCUAUAAAUGCUCGGAGUGUGGGAAAAGCUUCAUUAACAGUUCCAGUCUUGCUUGCCAUCGAAGAAUUCACACAGGGGAGAAACCCUAUAAAUGUCUGGAGUGUGGGAAAAGCUUCACUGACAGUUCCGCUCUUGCUUCCCAUGAAAGAAUUCACACAGGGGAGAAACCAUACAAGUGUAUGGAAUGUGGGAAAAGCUUCAGUGAUAGUUCUACUCUUCGUUCCCAUGAAAGAAUUCACACAGGGGAGAAACCAUACAAGUGUAUGGAUUGUGGGAAAAGCUUCAGUCGUAGUUCUACUCUUCGUUCCCAUGAAAGAAUUCACAGGCGGAGAAGUCAAACAGAUGUCUAG